AUGGACUCCCCAAGCAAUGAGCCGGACUCGCCGGGGCAAGAGUCUUUCGAGCAGAGCUAUCCCCCGCGAGUCUGUCGCAUCUGCUUGGAAACAGUAUGGCCAACCUUUCAGCCCUCGGAAUUUCUCCAAAGAUCUCGACUGGUUUAUGAGUCCAGCGAUCCCGAAUCAGGUCGGCUGCUUCGCCCUUGCAAAUGCAAAGGAUCCUCGCGAUAUGUACACGAAGGAUGCCUGCAGUCCUGGCGAACUGCAAACCCAAGCCUGGGUACCCGGAACUACUGGGAGUGUCCUACUUGUCGUUUUCAAUAUCGUCUUGAGCGUUUAACAUGGGCUCGCUGGAUCAGUAGUACCGCUACUCAACUUAUUCUUACGCUGGCCAUUCUAAUAUUGACUAUUUUCUUACUUGGAUUUGUUGCUGACCCCGUCAUUGAUCUUUACGUCGGCGCCGAAGAGGACUUCCUGGAACCGACCGAAGAUGCCUCUUGGCUUGAUCACUUUGUGAAAGGACUUGCUGCCUUGGGAUUGACCUCAUGCCUCAGGGCCUUGUUGAUGUCGCCAUCAUACUGGAUCCGAGGUUCGGGCCUUCUGAGAAAUCGUCGGUCCAAUGGACGGAACCGAGCUGCCAAUCUGAAUUGGCUAGUGAUCAUGACUGGGGUCGUCACUUUCCUCUGGGCUGUCUACAAAGGUGUCCGAACUUGGAGCAAACGAACUCUACAGUGGGCGGGUGACAAGGUCAUGGACGUCCCUUUGCCAGAGGAUGAAGACGAGGAAGACAUUGUUGCUGAGGAGCCUUGUACACAUCCUAAAUCUGAGUAA